AUGGAUCUUGUUCAGCAAUUUUCUAAGCCUACACAAUCUAUUUCAUUUCAAUAUCUUGCCCAGAAAAUCAAUUUAUUAAAUGAUAAUAUUGAAAAGCAGGGACAAAAAAUAACCAGCUUAAUAAAGCACGUAGAAAACCAAGAGAAAUUCCAAACUGACUCAAUAGAAAAGCUUUUCCAGAAUUUAAAUACCCCUGAUGCUCAAGAAGCCCGAAAGCUACCAAAUCCAAAUCAAAGCCCAGACAUAGACUCUAUCAAAGAAUUCGUCCCAAGAGGAACUCUAGCCUACCCAGUUUUGCCCAAAACUCUAGAGCUUAACACAACCAACAUGAAAUACUGCGAGAAAUCAGCAACCAAAAUAAUUGAAAGUGCUCGGGAAAUCCAUGACGAAAUCUUUAAAAAUCUCAACGCCUAUUUCAGAUCAAAAUGCCAAAGAUACUGUGAGUUUAGAGAUCUACGCAAUUACAAGUUUUCUCUGUAUAAUUUGAUUAUGAUUAGAACUCUGAAAUGGUGCGGUGUUGCAAAAGAAAAUUGGUUUGAUAUUUGCAAAAGGAAAGAAUUUAUACAGAGCUGCAUUUAUAACCCUAUUCUAUUAGAAAUCGGAGAUUAUUUGGUGAGAUUCAAUAAAGAAGUGGAAAUAUGCAAAAUCAAGCUUCAAAAUUACGUUCAGAAAAAAGAAUCCUUUGAAACUGGCUAUUUGGAUAAAAUUGACAGAAAAUGCUCUUUUUGUGGACUUCAAGGGCAUCUUAAAAAAGAUUGCAAAGAAAUAAAGCAAGCGUUUUGCCUGAACUGCCUAGAUUACAACGAGCACACCACCAAAUAUCAUGCCAUCUAUAUAACUCUUAAAAAUUAA